UCCUUUAACAAGAUAAGAAAGAAAAUAAAAAAACAAAAAAUUGAACCAACCCCCUCUCCUUCCCUCCCCCCACCCACCCCUCUUUCCAUCUCCAUCUAUUUUCAACCUAGCUACUUUUAUCAUUUUUCAUUUCAUCUACCAAAUAUUCCAUUGCCAAAAUAAAUAAAUAAAAAAAAUCCCUUAUUAAACUUCAUGUCAGAUCCUCAAAUUUUAAAUCAAAAUUUUCCCAAAAAACAUCAUGAAGAAGAAAUAUUAGAGACAAACAUAUUAGUACUAAACAAUAGUUCUAGUACUACUUCUAGGCAUAAUAUUGAUGAAGAGUUGUGUCGAACGCCAACUUGUCGGAAAAACAAGAUUCCGAUAGUCGGAAGCUGCCCUCCCCCGGCUCCGAAGAAACCAAAAAACUUAUUGCUUAGUAAGAGAAAGUUUCCACGAUUCGAAUUUUUUGAAAUUGGUGGAAAUGAAGAGUUGGAGAAGUUCUUCAUAUCAUGCACUGAUAUUUCUCGAGACUUUCUUGAGAUAUUUUUGAUCUCCGGGAACGUCGUAAAUACUUCGUCGUCUUAAGUCGAUCUUCGAAAAGAACUCUGCUGACCACUCCUUCGAAGAACUAUAUAGUUGGUGUUGUAGCUUUUCUCCAAUGCUUGCAAAAUGUCCUCAGAAAAUUAUGUAACCUUUCUAUUUAUAGUUAUAGGGAGGCAGUCCAAAUGUGGGUGAACUCUUUUGCCUUCUUCUGAUUGAUUCUUGUAAGUCUUCAAGCUUAUCACAAAUACUAUGUGAUAAGGUUGUUUUUUGAUUGAUUGUUGGAUUUUGAUCAGAAUUGCCACAUUAUUUGAACACAUGUCAUUCUUUUGUUGGUCUUGAACUUGACUGGGAUGCCAAGUCACCUUGACAUGUGGCAUGAGUUUGAACCUCAAGAUGAAAUGGACCUUGGACUUGAAUUUAAUAAAAUGGACGUAUUUAUAAAUUAUGCGGUCCAAAUUAAUUAUUCAACCCAAAAAUAUGAAUUAAAUUCAAAUUUGGUAUGAAUUAAAUCCAAUAAAAUUUAUGUGUCUACAUAUGCCUCUUACUUCAAGACUUGUUGAGUGUAGAUUUAUUGAAAUGAGACGAAGCUUGAAAUACCUGAUGACAAAGAGCCGACACAUUUCUUUCUCCCUUUAUUUUUUGUUUGUUUUUCUUACAACGAAAGAUAUAUUAUUUUUAAAUAGCAAAUUUGAGCCACCGUGAAAUUACCUUGCAAAUUAUCUCAAAUCUAUUUAAUACAUUUUUUAAUAUAACUAUAAAAUCUGCGCAAAAGAUAUUAAUUUCCAAAAAUCUGCCCCUGAAUCCCCACAUAUUAUUAACAAACGAAAAAAAAUGAUCUUGUCUAGAAUCCUCUUAAUUAUUCGUUUUUCAUUUUCUCAUUAUAAGCUGCUCAAAAUUUUAAAAAAGAAAAACGAAAAUUGAGGAAGAAAGAUGUAAUCUUCCUCCAGAAAUUUCUUUACUCUUCAUUCUUACCCCCCACGUAUCUUGUAAUAAUCCAUUAUUUCAACACCUGUCGUCCACGUGUCACUCUCUUAGAAACCUCUCAUCAGUGAAAAAGCUAAAAAUCCCACCUCUUCAUAAUUUCAUAUACCUUAGCCGCUCCACCGUAAUUUUUCACACACUCCAAAAAAGAGAGGGAAAACAACAAAUAAAAAUCGAACAUGGCACCAAAGAAACGUGGAGGAAGGGCCCGUGCCACGGUGGUCACCGCCCGAAAAGUGGUGGAAGAAACCGUCUCCGUCAUCGUAACUCCGGUCGCCGGUGAAACGGAGACCGAAAGUCAAACUUUAUUGACUGAAGAAAAUCAAUCAUUCGAAAUACUAACACCACCUACUUCCGAAGAAGUAGCAACACCUAAGAGAACCAUUAAUAUUCAAGACAAAUCCGUGGCCCAACAAAGGAAACCCGACCCGGCCCAACAAGUAGAUGAAGACGAAACUCAACCAGCUGAAGAGCCAGAAGAGAUGCCCACACCUCCGAAAAUGGAAGCGGAUCAAAACAAAGCCCAGAAGAGGAAACCCGACCCGGCCCAGAAAGCAAAAGGAGGAGGAGGAGAGAGGAAAAAGAAGAGGGCGAAAGUGGGUGGAGGAGUGGGACCCAGCGAAGGGUACAGAAGGUAUGUGUUUAGGGUGAUGAAGCAAGUUCAUCCAGAUAUGGGAAUUUCAUCAAAGGCUAUGACGAUAUUGAAUAAUUUGAUGGGUGAUAUGUUCGAGAGGAUUGCCAAUGAAGCGGCGAUUCUCUCGAAGUACGUGGGCCGGGCCACGUUGGCGUCGGUGGAUAUUCAGGAUGCGGUGAAAUUGGUGCUGCCUGGGGAGCUAGGGAAGCAUGCAAUUGCUGAAGGGACAAAAGCUGUUGCUAACUAUGUAUCUAGUGUCGAGAAGGCCAAGUCCAAGCCAUAAUUGUUGUUAGUUAGUUGGCUAGCUCUUGUGAAUAAUUAGCUUCAUGUUUAAUUCAUUUUGGUUUACGCUUUUUUUUUUUGGUGCUUAAUUUGGGAAAUCACUUCAUGCAAAUUUCAAGCUCUUUUUUGUGAUCUUAUUAUUAUUUGCAUGCAUGUGAAGUCGAUGCGUAUAUAUCUUGGCGAUGCGGAUGAAUUAGAUGUUAAA